AAGCUUUAUCCGGGUGGCUCUCCGCUUUUAGAAGAGAAACAUCGGAGAUGGCCAACCCGAGAUUUCUCCCCUGACAGAAAUGUGGUCAAACUAAUCCGUACUCUGUACCCCUCUUCAAUAUAGAAUCAAUAAAUCGAGAACGUUCAACCAUGUCAGUUGCGGAUACGGCCGUCGAUAUUAAUAACCUGGCGAUAUUCCUAGCUGACCAACAGCUCAACAACCUGGCAGCAUGUGCAUCGGUUGAUUGCAUUAUCAUCUGUGCUUCGGCGGUCCUCCAUAGUGCAGAAGUCCUUUUCCAAACCCUGCAAGAAUGUCCGACGCUUACGCGAAAGCUGGUCCUCUGCGGGGGUAUCGGUCACUCCACUCAAUUUCUUUACGAGGCCGUGGCCGACCAUCCCCAAUUUCAUACCCUGGCAAAGGCCAUCACGGGCCUUCCAGAAGCUCAGGUAUUAGAGAGAAUAUUUGACGAAUUCUUUGAUGGGGCUGCGGUAAGGGCCGCCGGUUGCCAGAUCCUCGUGGAAGAUGAAUCGACAAACUGCGGUAGAAAUGCGAUCAAGAGUCGUGAAAUUCUGGAGCGAUUUGCUUUUGACCUCAAGAACAUCAUCUUGAUCCAGGAUCCGACAAUGAUGCUCCGGACAACGGCAUCCUUCGAACAUGCCUAUAAACACGUGGAAAAUCGCCCGCAUUUCAUUAGCUGUCCUGUGUUUGUCCCACAAGUACGGCCAUCUGCACAAGGACAGCUAGUGUAUGCAUUUAAUUCACCUCCGAUGCUAUGGGACAUGCAACGGUUUAUUGAUCUUAUCCUCGGUGAAAUUCCCCGAGUGAGAGAUGAUGAAAACGGGUACGGGCCCAAUGGGCGCGGUUUUAUCGGCCACAUCCAUGUACCUGCUGAGAUCGAGGAUGCAUGGAGGAGAUUGCAAUCAAUGUCCAAGGGCACAAGAUCCUAGCAUCUGUUGUACUCCUUUCCAUUUAGAUUCUCCAACGGAGCCGUGAGGCCGAACCAUGACGGACGAUAGGGGGCUUAUGACGAAUAAGCUCCAUUCACCGAAAUGACAUGCUGCCAUAAAUAUCCCGCUAGAAGAAGACAGUAGACGAUCGUUACUCUCUUUGCCAAUAUCUCCAUCGACUAGGCAUCAAUCGUCGUUCAUAUCUAGCCGAACUUAUAUGGAGUAGGCUCGGCAAAACUCCGGCGAUCGUCAGGAACCACUUCAUCCGAAAUUCGGUGUAUAUAAAUCUCCUGAU